UCUUCUCGCAAAAACCAGCUUUUCUUUUCAUCUUCUUCUCCAUUGAUAUCUCUUCUGCAAUUCUCAUUCAUUUUUCAAAUAAAAUUCAGGGUUUGUUUCAAUCCUCUUUCUAUUAUCUAUUCUUGGCUGAUAAACCUUCAUCUUCUCAUGGCCACAGCGCCAAUGAAGUCUAAACCUCUCCAUAACUUCUCUCUUCCAUAUCUGAAAUGGAGUCACAAGAAACAGGUCUUCAACAACAGCGAUAAUCUGUUGCGGAAAUCUGCACUAUCAUCUUGUUCAACGCAGAAACAGGAUGAUGUAUUUGAAGAAGAUGUUCAUCAAGUUGAUGAAUCGUUGAAAAGGAAAUGGAAUUUCAGGUCUAUGAAUGUUGUUUCAAAGGAAACGGUCGAGAUCGGAAUCGUUUCAAAGAAGAGAUUAGUUGUUGUUGAUGAUGAUGAUAAUCAUGAUGAUUAUCACAUGGGUAAUGCAAUUCUGCCGCAGAAAACUGAGAAUCAGCCGAAAUCGAUGAGGCUUAGAGGAUUAACGGCUGAUGGGUAUGGAAUGGAUAGGAGAAAAGAGAAGAGGAAAUUUUGGAUUGCUCUUUCUCGUGAAGAGAUUGAAGAAGAUAUUUACGCUAUGACUGGAUUAAAACCCUCUCGUAAGCCCAAGAAAAGACUCAAGAACGUUCAGAAACAACUCGAUAAUGUCUUUCCUGGGUUGAAUUUUGUUGGACUUUCAUCUGAUGCUUAUCGGCUUAAUCAAUCUCUGAGAUGAUGAUGAUGAUGAUGAUCCUGUUGAUUCAGUAGUUUCUUGCAUCUUGUUGAUUCAGUCUAUGAAGAUAGGUUAGCACUUAGUAUAGUAGUAGCAGCAAUGUUUCUAAUAUAUACACUUUCUAGUUUCUAUGUUUUAGAAUUUAUGCAUGAUCUUAUGAUCUUAAAGGCAAUAUAUGCUUAUUUCUAGUUAUGGGUAAAUGGUUAUUAGUGUCUGCCAUUGAUGAAAUGAUAUUUUGGCUAUGGAUUCUUGAUUGUUUCUUCUAGAAUGGAACAAGGUUUUGUUUUGAUGACUAUGUUUUUAAAACCCAUAUGCUUAUAUUUGCAGAAUGUAAGUUGCCAUUUUAUUAUCUGAUGAUCUGAUAAGGUUCUAUGUUGUUUAUGUAGUAAUGGGAUUUGUGAAUUGAAUGAAAGGGGAUUGAGUGAAAAAGUCUUUAAAUGGUGAAGAUGA